UAGGUUAGUUUAAAUUCCAAAUUGCUCUUAGUUAGGUUGGAAUUCGGAAAACUGUUGUCUGUUUUGGCUUUGAUCCUCGCAAAAAAUUGUUUUCUAUCUAUUCUUAUCUUACGCAAAAUAAAUGUUAUCGAAUUCCAUAAAAAUCGAAGACUUCCCGAAGAGAGCGUUCAUGAUAAAAGAAGUAAAGUUUCAUCUAGUUGUUAUAUGUCAAGACUAACCUUUAAUCCAAGUUUGUCACAGUACUUUUUAAAUUUCAUAAACUUCAUAAUACAAGAACAGCAGUUUUAAGGAACCAUAUGAAAAAUUACCUUUAAUGUGAGAAGAAACUUUUGGCUUAUUGCAUUUUUUUUUAUAUUCAAGAGGCGAUAAUCGUUUAUUAUCAAAUGGCAACAAAAUGACUGGACCUACAACUACUACGACCACUAGAACUACGUUAGUUACGGAAAUCACCGCGAAACGCAAACAAAGAAUCGAGAAUAAGAAAAAGAAAAUGUCCGCCCUCCUAGAUAUCGUUCAGUUGAACGAAAAAGAUCGACUUAAAGAAAAACACAACAAAAACGAGUCGUCGGAAGUAAAUCAGUGUUCAAUAGUUGAGGCCGAAGAUAUCGGCCAUAGUCCACUUAAAAGAUUGAAAAUUGAAAGUAGUGAAGAAGAAAUUGUCGCCUUGGGGUCUUCUGGAAAACCGAAAUUAUUCGGUGAGGAGCUGAUGGAACUGAAAAAAAUGCUUAGAGAAAAAAGUAAUAAAAUUAAAAACGCUCCGAAAUUUUGGCUAAGAGACAUGGGCGAGAAGGCAAGUCUUGCGGUCCCCCUGGACAAUCGCUGUCCACUUUUCGUCUCGGAUAUUCAACAUCUGCUGAUGUACUCGCAAGUGGGUGUACAUUCACCCUAUUCACCUGCAAGAUGGUGCAAUCUAGAACGAUACAACCGACUGAGCAACACAACCCUCCUAAUUAUAGAAAAUCUUUCGUUGUAUGAAUACGAGUCAAACGAGAGUAGAUUUCCGUUUAUCAGUACCAAUUUCGACCAUAAAAUCGAACUUAUUUCGCCGUACGCGUUUAAUAGCGAUAUGGUAAAAGAACUGUCGAUGGUACCGCUCAGCGCCACACAAAUGCGUAAACUAAUUAAAGAAUACGGCAGCUUGGAGGAUGCGGCCAAACAAUGCAACGAGGUUUUCGAUACGAUUAAUCACUUUUUCCCAAUUGCCGAAGAGGAUCAAGAAAAUCAGAAGAAUGACGGAUCUCUACCAACCAGUGAUAAGUUCCCUAGAACGAAUUUAUUGCUCUCAGGUUGGCAAAUGAUUGAAGAAAAUUUCCCGUUACCUAUAAAAGGAUUAAGAGAGCGCAAAUAUAGAGAUUACGUUUUAACUAAAGAUAGAUAUAGGAACGUCACGGCCCACAGCCCAUUAAUCGCCAUCGAUUGUGAGAUGUGUAAGACAGAGAGUGGUGACUUAGAAUUAACCAGGAUAUCGGUAGUGAACGAGAAACAUGAGAUCAUUUACGACACGUUGGUGAAACCCGGACGAAGGAUUGUCGAUUACUUGACGCGUUUCUCCGGAAUCAAUUCGAAAAUGAUGCGACCCGUGACGACCAAAUUGAGCGACGUGCAGGACAAGUUACGAACCCUUUUGCCCGACGACGCCAUUUUAAUCGGACAAUCUUUGUCGAACGAUUUACACGCGUUGAAGAUGAUGCAUCCUUAUGUCAUCGAUACAAGUGUAAUCUUUAAUUUAACUGGCGACCGAAUGCGAAAAACGAAACUUCAAGUGCUGGCACGUGAAUUCCUGCAUGAGAAAAUCCAGGUGGGCACCAAGGGCCAUUGCAGCAGUGAAGACAGCGCCGCCUGCAUGAAACUCGUGCAACUAAAGUUAAAGAAACACGUGUAUUACGGAGACGCGGUGAUGAACGCGAUUUACUCGGAACAGCGGGCGUAUCCCGAUUUGGGUUCCGCUAAUUACGCCGUCAGCAUGAUUAAGCAGUGCGUGAAAAACGGCAACGGUGCCGUUAAUUUGGUCGCGGUCGACGAGUUAUCAGACAAAUAUCGAUAUUAUAUCGAUAAACAGAGCGGGGACGGGAUCGAGAAUGUCUCCUGUACCCGUGUGGACACCAACAAAAGUGUCAUCAAACGGCUCUGCGAUCCCGACCAGAUGAAAAGUUUAAAUAUCGGACAUUUGCUGGUGGCCAGAGACUGUGUAAACGAGGAGAAAGUGCUAAAAACGAUCGAUAAAUGGGUGAACAUGAUCCAUGAAGCGAUAGCGCAGCCCGCGUUCCUGAUCGUGUUGCUGAGUGGUAGGAAGGAGGGGGGCAACGGGGCGGCUUUUCUGAAAAUAAAACGAGAUUUUAUCACAUGAAUUCCGCCGCCGUUCAUUUUGUACAUUUUUGUUUUUUGUUUCUAAUAAACGAAUCGAUUGUA